AACAACCACAGCAGCUUCAUCCCCUUCAUCCACACAAUGUCGCAAACCGUCGAUAUCCCCCAGUCCAUCAAGGACUCACUGAGGAAGUUCAGGUUUGCCAGGCGAAACUCUGGAAGCGCAGCGCUGGUCAUCAAGAUCAACAAGGCGAAGCUGGCGAUGGAGGAGGUUGAGCAACUCGAUGAUAUUAGCAUUGAGGAACUUGCAGAAGAGCUACCAGAGAACUCUCCUCGCUACGUCGUCCUAUCAUAUGAGCUCGAGCACAAGGACGGGAGAAAGUCCUUCCCACUCGUGCUGAUCAACUGGGCACCCGUAUCCAGCGAAAUCGGGUUGCUCACGCUUCACGCAAGUGCCCUGCUGAAUUUCCAGAACACGGCGGACGUGAGCAAGGUGAUAGAAGUCAGGGAUGGGCCAGAAGGUUUGACGAAGGAGAUAAUCGAUGCCAAAUUCGCAUAAGUUCAACGACAAUGGAAACGUUUCUGUAUAACCAAGGUCUCCCCGAAAUCGAUAUACCCGUGUUUGUAUCUGGUCCGAGGCAAA